AUGUGUGUCGCCGAGCUCAACGUCUCUACCCUUCCUUGCCGCCACCGCUGGUACCACCUGCUGCGCCCAUGCACUGCUGGCACCAACCUCGCCAACUGCCCCAACAAGCUCGGCCUUGAGGGCUGGGAGACCAAGUGCAGCUUCUGCCCCUUCUGCUCUUCCUGGAGCCUCUCCACCACCGACUACCGUCUCGUUGGCAACGAUCGCAGCCCUUCCAUUGGCGGCCUGUCCCGCUCGCCUUCCCUCUCUCUCACAACCGCCCGCCGCGAUUCGCGCGCUGCCUCUCGCGCCGCCUCGCGCCGUGGCUCGCUGGCCCGCACCGACAGCUCCAGCAGCAUCUCUGGCAUGGUCUUCGCAGGCCACGUCGCAGAGAAGAACAAGGCCAUCAGCUCUCGCCUGGACGCCUACCUUGGUGUCCACCCCGAGCGCAAGGGCAGCAGGUCUGGCAGCGAGGCCUCGGACGAAGACGACCAACCCUCCAGCCCAUACGAGACGGACAUGAACAAGGUGGACGCUCAGACACAAGGCAGGAGGGACAGCACACUGUCCAAGGGCUGGAAGAAGAGCAAGAGGUUCAGCCGCGGUCUCUUCAAGUGA